UCAUUUCUUACCCACAAUAAUGGAGCAAGAAGCAACAGCAGAAAGCUCUGAGGUUUAGUCCCAUUUUACACACAGAAAAAGAUUUUUGGGUGACACACAAGCGCCUUGGCUCAGAGAUGUAAAAACCAAAAAAUGGCAAACAACGGGGAAAAUGGCGGAAGGCAAGGAAGUGAGGAUGAAAGUGAAGGAUGCAGCAGAGCUUUAGAGGAGCCUCACAGCCUCUCCUCGAUGGGCGCCACAUCCGUUAGCACGAGAAGAAACCUCUCUCGAGGGAUUGUGAUCCAGCUGACUGGGACAGAGGGGGAGUGGGACAGCCCGAAUGACAAUGAGCUCAUUUUCUCCCUUGAUCACAAUGAAGAUUACCCAUCUGUAUCACUCUCUAAGGAAAAACAACUUCACGGUGAAGAUGCCAAAGGAUUAAAUUCCCAAAGUUUCCACGUUCCUCUUUCUCCAUCAACUCCUGACUUGCUAGGAAAUGUCUCCACUACAGGACCCAGUUUCCUCUCCCCCAGCAUUUCCUCACCCAGCCCCCGUCCCCUGACGAGCCUGGUCAAGUCCCUCUCUACAGAACUUGAGUUGAAAGAGAGCUCCACUCUCAGACCCAAACCUUUCCUCAGCCUUGUGAAGUCCAUCUCCACAGAGCUCUCCCGCUCAGAACCAGAGGUGUCUCAGUCGAAAUCAGACUCUGGUCUCAACCUUCACCUUUGGAAGCAGCUGACGCAAACAAAGUCCCGGAGCAAUGGCGAUUCUCGUACUGCUCCACCGUCUCCUAGUUCAAUAUCCCCUUGCGGAGAGGGCCUGAAAGGAAACUUCUUCAAAAUGGAGCUGGAGGACACCAGAAGGAAGCUCUCAGAGGCCAUGCACGAGCCUCUAAGCAGCAUGUUCAGUAAGAUCAUGAGAGAAGAAAGCGGAGGCAGUCCCAAACACCACAGUAAGCCGCAAGUGGCUCACCAGAGCAGCUGCCGAAGUUUGGGGAGGGAGGGCAGCACAGAUACGGUUCUGUCAGAGUCUCCUGUGAGAAGUGCAAGAAAAAUGGAUGGGGAUCACUUUCCUGCCUUUGACUGGCCCUCGGUAAGGCACUUCACAAGGUUUCAUCGGAGCCCAUGCCCCAUGCAUUCCCACAGACGGCAUCACAGAGAAGAGGAGCUGGAAAUAUGCACGGAUGGUGACACGAUGCAGGUCUUCGCUGCUGAGACACUCAGGCAAAAAAGGACAUUUCCUGGUUCUCAAGCUGUAGCAUUCCCAGCUAAGAUUUCUGCUCCUCAACCAAUUCAGCCCCUGCCCCGAAUGACUUUAUUCUGUGUAGCAGUGAUGUCCUACGGUUACUUUAUCCUACCUCUUAGCCCAUACAUCUCUGGCCUGGCUCUGGGACUGGCACUGGGAUUUUUGUUUGGGCUGCUUCUUAUUCGAAUGGGUUCCUCCAAGUCUAGCUGCUCAGUGCCGGUUCACAGAUCAGCACAGCCACCAUUUGGUGAAAACAGUCUGUCAGGUGGUUUUAUCAGCACCGAGCCUGACACCCUCAAGGCCUGGAUGAAUGAGAUCCAUGAUUAUGACCCAGAAACCUGCCAUCCAGCUCUGACUCACUCCGUCUUUGCAACCCUGGAGGGGUCAUGCCUUCGUCUGGACUACCCACGCACUAAUAUCAGCCGCAAGGCCGCAUUUGAAGAGCGAGCCCAUGAAGCCACCUUCGUCAAGUCACACUGCUUUCAACUGGCAAAAAGCAAAGUAUUCCUGGUACCAUUKGGGUUGGCUCGGAAGAGGGUUUGGAACCCAAAGUAUCCCAUCUGCAUCCAGCUAGCUGCAGGGUGGGAACAUCCAGAAGGGGAAAGAGGAGGUCUGGCGGAGAACUUUGAAGACGACCUGGGAGCUGAACAAGCACAAACAGGCUCCAAACAGAACCAUGACCCUCCCACCAUGCUUUACCUCUUUGGCCGCACUGGGAGAGAGAAAGAAGAGUGGUUUCGUCACCUUCUGCUGGCAUCCGUGGACACAGAGGUGGAAAUGGAGAAGGACAGACAGAGACAUGGCAGAUGUGAGCCACAACUGGGGAACCCAGCAAAGAGCACCCAUGUCUCAAGAAGCAGGGGCCCCAGCCGAAUGGGCAGCACAGAAGAUGACGCUCCCCCCACACCUCCAUCUCACUGCAUCCCCCCAGCUCCUUCAAACACCACCAGAGCUCCUUCUGUACUGGAUUACCCCAGUUACAUGGCUCGAAUCCUGGCCACAGAAGAGGCAACACCCCUUGCCAGUCCCAGAGCUAGCAGUGCAGAGGCAAGCCCUACCAUUAAAGAACAUUGUACCUGUGAUCAAAUAAAGUACCUGGAGAAGAACCAAACUGCAUGGGUCAACGCUUUAAUUGGUCGAAUUUUCUGGGAUUUCCUGCGAGAGAAGCACUGGGCCGACAUCGUGUCCCACAAGAUUCAGAAGAAGCUCAGCAAAAUCAGACUGCCUUACUUUAUGAAUGAACUUACUCUGACUGAGUUGGACAUGGGCUGCUCUAUGCCGCAUAUCAUCGCUACCUCCCGACCAGAAGUGAACCACAAAGCUCCAAACCCGUUCUCGACGUGUUGGCAGACAGUGAUGAAGAGUCCUCCAGUGCAGCUUCAUCUGACGACGAAGAGCUGCUUCUCUCUGAGCCUCAUGGUUUGGUUGGGGAGAAAUGCUCCACAACAGCAACUGAAGGGGUGGGUGGAGGGAAGACUGGAAGGAAGAUUUUGAGAUUGGUGGACAAAAUCGCUAAAUCCAAGUACUUCCAGAGGGCUGCCGAGAACGAGUUCAUCAAGAAGAAGUUCGAAGAGAUGUCCAACACCCCCCUGCUGCUCACCGUGGAGGUCCGAGAGUUGUCGGGGACUCUGGCUGUCAACAUCCCGCCUCCGCCUACGGACAGGAUAUGGUACAGCUUCUGUGUGCCACCCAAGCUGGAUCUGCAUGUGUGUCCCAAGCUGGGGCAGAGGGAGGUGACGUUCUGCCACGUGACGGAGUGGAUUGAAAAAAAACUUCAGGAUGAGUUUCAGAAAGUGUUUGUGCUGCCAAACAUGGACGACAUCUACUUGCCCUUGAUGCAGUCGGCUGAGGUGAGCCAGACCCAAAGUCCCUCCACAGAGUGACUGCUCCCUCCAACGAGAGGAUUCAGCUGAAAAAUACCGUGGCAGAGUCCAGCUAGUGCCUCCCAGUCAAUGAGCAGGCAGCAAGUCUGGUUGAAAAAUGGGUCAUUAUAUGAAGUUGGACCUAACAUCUAAUGUUCAGGGCUGUAUUUGUUCAGAUGUUCUUUCUGAAAGAGAAGAAAAGUGAUACCUUUAGAAAAUGUUUAGACAUGAAUGAUCCCCAUGAGAUUUUAGUUAUUUAUCGUUUCAAUGUUUACAGCUUAAAGUGUUGUUUUUUGAUAUUAAUGAAGUGAACUUUAUUAAAUAAAGGAAAUAACAGAAAACUUCACUGGUUAUUCUUUUAGUGUCCAGUCACAGUCUGUUUGUUGGACAGAUUUAAACAAAACCGUCAGAAAGUCCACAUGAAACUCAGUCCAUUUUUGCAAACUUUGAGCUAGAAUUUGGUGGGGCAGUAGCUGAGGUUAGUUUCUGAACCUUUUUUGGAAACACCUAAAGUAACCAAAAGACACAACUUGGCGUCUUAAGACCUGUUAUAGUUAAAACCUGUCUUUUUUGUAAACUAUAGUGUAAAAAAACAAGUGGGAUUUUCAAAAUCAUAUUAUUUUUAAUUU